AUGGGGGCGCUGGGGGCCUUGGGGGAAGCGGGGGAAGCUGGUGACGUGGGGGACGUUAUAUUGUUGGGCUGGAUGGGGAGAGGGGAGGCUGGAGAAGUGAGUGGUGGUGAGGGGCGCAGUGCGGUGGUGGCAGUGGUGGGAGCGGCAAGCAUGGGUCGCAGUGGUGCGUUGAUCCGUGCCCUGCUGCCUCGCUGCCAAGCCGUUGUGCUCUCCGGCCCUGUGCUACCUGCCCUCCUCGCUGCUGCUGCUUCUUCGGGCCAUUCACGCCCCUCGGAUGCUUCAACUGGUUCGCGUGGUUGUGGGUUUGACCUUACUCGUGUGCCUGACUUCCCUGCCCUCACCACACUACACCACAACGAGACCCCAGAGAGAGUCAAGGCAGCAGAGAGCGUGGAGGCAGAGAGAGCUGACAAGGUUCCACGUACCGUCGUCUCGUCCCUCCUAGCCGCUCUCCCCCGCCCGUCACCUCAAGCGCUGGCGGAAGCCUCUGCAUUCCUCUCCUCGCUGCCCCCUCCCCUUCUCUCCCGCCUCGUGCUGCCCCUUGCUGUGCGUGCAAUACCUGCUGCAUUCGCCCCACCUCCCAUGCGUUCCGCAUUCACUCUCCUCCGUUUUGCCAGCGUCUUCACCCGUGCAUCAACGCAUGGGGCGCACGGGGCGAGUGGGUCAGAGCAUGGGCUAGAGGAGACAGGGUCGCAUGUGCUGCCGUGUGCCGACUCGGCUCUGCUCGCUUAUCUCACCACCGCGCCCACCAUCGAAAGCAGCAGCGCCAGCAGUCCUCGCACUUCCACCACCACUGCCACCAUCCCUGCUGCUUCUACUGCCGCUGAUGCGCUGGUGAGGCGGCCCAAGCUCAUAGUGGCUGGGCGGCAGCUGCAGCAGGUGCUGAGGCGGCAGUUACGGCAGCGUGUGAAGAUGGUUGAGGGGAAGGGGAGUAGAGACGGGGAUGGGGAUGGAGGGAGGGAGUGUGUGGUGGUGGAUGGAGGCACGGCUUUGCUUCGAGGACUGCAAGGGAUUCCUCUGCCUGGCGUUGAUUGCCUUGACUUUGUGCCGCUGCCGCCUCCUGAUUGGUCCACAGUCUUCCACGAUCCCUCGCUGCCUCUCACUGUUGACAUCGGCUGUGGCAACGGGCGCUUCUGUCGCAGCAUGGCUCCGCGGUUCAGAGGGGCGAGGAACUUCCUUGGGGUGGAGAUCAACCCACAUUUGCGUGGGGUUAGGGAGACAAGAACAUGUACAAGUGAACAACUGGGAGCACGCACCAAGCAACGUUGCCCGGACCCUGACUUUGCAGCGAGCAGGAGGGCGAAGGAGAGGGGAACAGCACACGUGCACCGGUGGGGCAUGCUCACCCCUGCCCUCGUGCACGCCAUGCUGGCCCUGCUGCACCCCUCUGGCAAGAUUUUGAUCGAGUCGGAUAUAGAGGAGGUGGCAACGCGGCUGACAUACGAUGCCAUUAGAUGGUCCCAAAGCGAACUCAUACCAUGCAAAGGCGAUGCCAGUGCCAGUGAUUGCGAUGGCCUUUCAGACCCUGACAUGGCACAGGAGGGAAUUGGAGGUGAAGUUACCCAGCGUUUUUCUGCACUGCAAGAACCUUUGGUUGCAGAAGUGGAUCCGUAUCAACUACACGACGCGUCUGAGUCUCCGCAAUCAAUGGCGGCUGCCACGGCAGUCGCAUGGCGACGUCGCAGCGUGCGAUCGCUUAUCUCUGUGGCGUUCUCUCUCCUGCUGCUCCUGUCGCACGUUUGCUCCGCUUUGCGCCUUUCAACGGGCAAUGACGAUAAACACGGUCUUUCGCGCGUUAUCGCGUCAGCUUAUACCGGGAAUGUAUCUUCUGCUGCUGAAUUCGACCCGAUUAAGGAGUCUGAGACUCCUGGUCGCGUCGUUGCUAGGGUUUUGAAAGUGAAGAAGAAAAAGAAGAAGUCGGCGAGUAAGACCGCGAAAGCAGCGGCGAUCGCGGAGGAAGUAGAAGGAAGUGCGGACGACGCGGAGAGAGGAACGGCGGACGAUGCGGCCGACGCGGAAGUCGCGCGAGAAGAGGGGGACGAGGAGACGGCUCGAGUGGUUAAGAAGAAGAAGACGACGACAAAGAAGUCGAAGAAAACGAAGACGACGGGGAGCACGAAGGCGGUUGAGUCUGUGAGAGAAGCGGAGGGGGAAGAGGAGGCGGAGGGGGGAGAAGAGGCGGAGGGGGGAGAAGUUGCGGAAACGGCGAGGAGAGCGGAUAGCAAGAGCGGAAAAAGUGGGAGCGGAAAUGGGGACGAGGGGGAUGACUUUUCCGCAGUGGAUAAGGCGAUGGCGGAGGCGGAAGCGGUGAUUGCGGGGAAGGCGGACGAUGCGGAGGAGGGGGAAGGGGGGGGGGAGGGGGAGCGACCGAAGAGAGUGAAGGGGAGGAAGCGUGGGUCGAGGGAGGCGGACGGGGGGGAGGAGGGGAGUGAGGAGGAGGAAGGUGGAGAGGGUGUGGUAACGAACAAGUCAAGCAAGUCAAGAAAGUCAACCAAGUCCACGGCAGCAACAAGGGGGACGGCAGUUGAAGGGGAAGAGCAGGAGGCGCACGGUGAGGAGGGUGAGCGGGGUGAAGGGGAAGAGGGGAGAGCUGCGGUGGCAACGAGCACCACAAAGAAGAAAAAGAAGUCGAGCGAGGGCAGGGACGACGGCACGGGCGAGGGCGGGAGCGAGAGCAAGAGUGAGGGCAGGGACGACGGCAGAGACCCGGCGGGGGCCACAGCUGCAGCUGUGGGGGCUUCAAGGGGCGAAGAGAGAGAGGCAGCAGACGGAGCAGGGGAAGGGGGAGGAGGAGGAGAGGGAGGCGGCGAGGAGGUGCAGGUGGCGUUCACAGGGCCACAGGACGUGAUGGACGUGCCUGUGGACGAGGAGAUGGUCUCUGUUGACCUCACCGAUGUGCCCCCUGACCCUCAACCCCCCCACCCCACCCCCGCUGCUGAUUCACAUGCUGAAGCAGCAGGGAACGGGCCACUGGGGGACGCUGACGGGGCGACUAACGGUGGUGGCGACAGCGGUGGUGGCGGUGCCGAUAGAGGUGCCACCUCUGCUGGGGAGGAUUUUGGGAAAGCUGCGGUGGCGGCAGGCGAGGAUGCAGAGCAGGAAGCGGGGUUCCUCGCCCGCUGGGUCAUUGCACCCCUGGCUGCAACCCUGGAACCCAUUCUCGCCCCUCUCUACCCCCUCACAUCCAUCUUCCUCUCGCCCGGCCAAACAGUGCUCCUUGCCGCUGGCCUUGCCCUGCUUGCCUGCUGCUGCUGCUGCCUCUGCUGCUGCCGCUCCCUCUCCCGCCUCGUGAGAGGCGGCCGGGGGGCAGGGCUGGGAGCAGCAGCGGGGAGCAGCGGCAGCUGGUUCGGCGGGAGGCACGGGCCAGGUGCAGCGUACUCUGAGGUGGCUCGGAAGGAGGUGGAUUUGUCUGUUGCGUUUGGGCAGCAGAUUCCUGGGGGAGGGACGCAGGGAGGGGGAGGGCAAGGAGGGGUGGGGGGAGGAGCAGGAAGGAGCAGGGCGGAUGGUGGGUCAGAGUGGGAUGAGUGGGACGAGGAAUGGGGGGGUGCGAGAGGGGGGGGUGGAGGAGGGAGAGAGAAGGGGGUGGGGAGCAUGGGAAGUGGAGGGAGAGGAUUGGGUGGUGGGGAUGGGUAUAGUUCUGGGGAAGGAAGUAAAGGUGGUGUGAGGAAAGGGGGGAAGCUGGUAGUGAGCAAGGGGGCAGGGGCAGCUGGCAAGGAAGGGUGGAAAUCAUGA